AUGGAAUAUUACGAGAAUAGAUUACGAACCUUUGACACCUAUCCGCCACAGAUGGUUCCUGACAAGUACGAAGUGGCUAAAGCCGGGUUUUAUUAUACCGGACUUUCGGAUCGGGUGAUUUGUUUUCGAUGUGACAUUAAAUUGAAAGACUGGGAAAAAUAUGACAACGCCAUGAACGAACAUGACAAAUGUUUAGCCAAAGCCGAAUUUUUCUAUACCAAUGUGGGUGACAAGGUGACAUGUUUUAGUUGUGGAAAGACAUUGUUUCAGUGGAAGUCAUCUGAUAACCCCUGGGCGGAGCAUAGUAAACAUUCAAAGGAUUGUGAAUAUAUAAAGAUGGUUGGAGGAGAUCCAUCACAUCAUAUUGCGUUUACCAACCACAAGAACACAUCUUCAAAUUCAUUUUCUCUUUGGAGUUAAUGACAAUGACGUCUGUUUCAAAUAAUACAUCAAUCAAAUUGUUAUUUGAAUCUUACUUCAAAAUAUUACAUGCAAGGACAGUGUUGAACUCAUUUCCAAAGAUUGUGAAAGAACAUUGUUAUGGAUGUCAAUUUGAUCGAUUUAGUCAAUCAGAUCACAUUUGUAUAAUGCGUACGGAGAGAGAAAAUUUGGAUUUGUUUUUCGACAUAACACUAGAUAAACUUGACUACAAUAGUCUUAUGUCUGUAUGGGAGACAUCUGUUUUGGCAAUGGAUCUAUCAACAGAGGAGGCUGAUCUCGUACGAUUAAAGUUCUCUUUAAUUAAACGAUAAGAGUACAUCUACUAAAAAGUUUUUGCUGAAUAGUAACAAUGAUCUAAUAAAAUGUAAAUUAAAAAUGGUUACUUUUGACAUUUUCAGUUGACGGCGACACCAUUAGCAUCCACAUUAACAACUUUAGAGGUGAGACAUUUGAAAUGUUAUCUCUUUUUAAAAAGUGCAGAUUCUCAUUAUAGAUAAAUUAGACUAUGCCAUGCAUACAGCGUUGUCGGACCGUAUUUGGUACAAAAACGAAUAUGGUACAAAUGUACCAUAUUCGGUCGAAUAUGGUACAAAUGUACCAUAUUCGGACCGAAUAUGGUACAAUUUUCGACCGAAUAUGGUACAAACAUUGUACCAUAUUCGGUUGGAAUAAGUUUUUCUAUGCUCGCCA